GUUCGGUGCAGCAAAGCAAGAGGGGCAUGACCCCGCCUUCUGCUUCUUCUCUUUCAAGUGGCGGGAACUGUCGGCCAGCCGUCCGGGUCCCAGCCCGCAGGUCUUGCUUGUCCUCCGGUCUCCGAGUAGAUAAUAUGUAUCAUCAGUAGAAAAGCUUCUUGAAGAAAUUGUUCAAAAGAAAUUUGAAAGGAGCAAAAGUAUAAGACAGAACUGACAGCAGAUGCAGAGGACAGCAUGGCAAUUUUACUUCAUUCAUUCAUUUAAUAAAUUCAUGCAGGAGAACUUUGUUUAACACCUAUUCUUGCCGAGUAUUGUCCUGAGCAACGGAACACGGCAGUGAACAAAUAAAAUCUCCCGCUGAUAUGCAGCUACAGCUGAUGAUGUCUUCCAGUUUCAGUGUAUUUAGAGUUGGCAUCUCUUUUGUCAUGAUGUGCAUUUUUUAUAUGUUAGCAGUAGACUCUCUACCAGAACUGAGUCCUCAGAAAUUCUUUAGUACAUUGCAACCAGGAAAAGCCACCUUAGCUUAUUUCUGUCAAGCUGAUUCUCCAAGUACCUCUGUAUUUCUUGAAGAACUGAAUGAGGCUGUUAAACCUCUCCAGGACUAUGGAAUUUCAGUUGCAAAGGUUAAUUGUGUCACAGAAGAAACCUCAAGAUACUGUGGAAGAGAAGAGGAUUUGAUGAAAGUGUAUUUAUUCAGGGGCAGCAUAUUACUCAGAGAAUUCCCGAGGGAUACCUUGUUCGAUGUGAAUGCCAUCGUGGCUCAUGUUCUCUUUGCUCUUCUUUUUAAUGAAGUAAAAUAUAUUACCACUCUGGGAGACCUUCAGAACAUAGAAAAUGCUCGGAAAGGAAAAACAAACAUUGUGUUCUCAUAUGUCAGAGCCAUUGGAACACCAGAGCACAGAGCAGUCAUGGAAGCUGCUUUUGUGUAUGGGACCACGUACCAAUUUGUCUUAACCACAGAAAUUUCCCUUUUGGAAAGUAUUGGCACUGAAGAUAUAGAAUAUGCACAUCUCUACUUUUUUCAUUGUAAACCAGUCUUGGACUUGACUCAGCAAUGUAAGAGAACACUAAUGGAACAGUCAUUGACUACACUGAACAUCCAUCAAUUUAUUAAAACAAUGGAAGCACCUCUGCUGACUGAAGUUGCUGAAGAUCCUCAGCAAGUUUCAACUGUUCAUCUCCAACUAGGAUUACCACUGGUUUUUAUUGUUAGUCGACAAGCUACAUAUGAAGCUGAUAGAAAAACUGCAGAAUGGGUUGCUUGGCGUCUUCUGGGAAAAGCAGGAGUUCUACUCUUGUUAAGGGACUCUUUGGAGGUGGACAUUCCUCAGGAUGCUAAUGUCAUCUUCAAAAGAGCAGAAGAGGGAGUGCCAGUGGAAUUUCUGGUAUUAAAUGAUGUUGAAUUAAUAGUAUCCCGUGUGGAAAGUAAUAUGUAUGUUGCUCAAACACAAGAAGAUGAAGUCGGUGACAUGGAAGAUCCAAAUAUGGGUAUUCAAGAUGAUGAAGUGGCAGAAACUGUUUACAGAGAUAGGAAGAGACAGUUACCUUUGGAACUCACGGUGGAACUAACAGAAGAGACAUUUAAUGCGACAGUGACGUCUUCUGAUAGCAUAGUGCUUUUCUAUGCUGCUUGGCAAGCAGUGUCCAUGGCACUUCUGCAGUCCUAUAUUGAUGUGGCAGUUAAGUUGAAAGGCACAUCCAGUAUGCUGCUUACUAGAGUAAACUGUGCAGAUUGGUCUCAUGUCUGUACUAAGCAAAAUGUUACUGAAUUUCCUGUUGUAAAGAUGUACAAGGGAGGUGAAAACCCAGUAUCUUAUGCUGGCAUGCUAGGAACUGAAGACCUCCUGAAAUUUAUCCAGCUCAGCAGGAUUUCAUGCCCAGUGAACAUAACAUCUGUCCAAGAAGCAGAAGAAUAUUUAAGUGGGGAAUUAUUUAAAGACGUAAUCUCCUAUUCCACUCUGUCAGUACUGGGGCUUUUUAGUCCAGCCAUGAAAACAGCAAAAGAAGAGUUCAUUGAAGCAGGAAACUACCUAAAAGGAUGUGUUAUCACAGGAAUUUAUUCUGGAGAAGAUGUUUCAAUACUGUCAAAUAAAUAUGCUGUAACUCUCCCAGCCCUGCUGCUUGCCAGACACAAAGAAGGCAGAAUAGAGAGCAUUCCACUGGCUAACACCCAUGGACAAAACAUAGUUCAAAUAGUAACAAAUGCAUCACUGGAAACAUUUCCAGAAAUCACUGUGGAAAAUCUUCCCACUUAUUUAAGACUUCAGAAACCAUUACUCAUCUUAUUCAGUGAUGGCAGCAUAGAUCCUCAGCAUAAAAAAGUAAUAUUGAUGCUGGUAAAAGAAAAACACUUGGAUUCACUUACCCCUUGCUGGUUGAAUCUGAAUAAUACUCCUGUGGGAAGAGGAGUCUUACAGGCGUAUUUUCAUGUUCUACCCCCUCUGCCUCUUCUUGUUGUGGUGAAUCUGCAUUCAGGAGGCCAAGUAUUUGCAUUUCCUUCAGACCAGGCUAUAACUGAAGAGAACCUUUUAUUGUGGCUGAAAAAAUUAGAAGCAGGGCAAGAAAGUCAUAUCACAAUUUUACCAGCUCAGGAAUGGAAACCUCCUCUGCCUGCUUAUGAUUUUCUAAGUAUGAUAGAUGCUGCAGCAUCUCAACAUCGUACUAGGAAAGUUUCUGAGUGUAUAAAAGAAACUGAUGUGCAGGAAAAUUAUAAAGAACAGCCUGAAGAUCAGUCAGCAAUCAGAAAAGAAUCAACUGGAAUAUUGAGAAUGAAACACUGGGAUAGAAGUAACUGGUUUGAAGAAGCAAAGAAACCAUUCAGGCAUGACAAUAAAGAAUUAUGAUGCUCAAAAAUGAGCUAGUUUUAUAGGGCUGUGGAACACUUUCCAGAGCCUUUUUGGCUUAUUUUAUAGACUUAAGAAUUUAUUUCAUUAAAAAGUAACCUUACAUCAGCC